AAGACUUUGACAUCUCGCGGUUCCUUUCUGAUAGUAAAGCUCAGAUCUCCGAGGGCCCUGAAAGAAGCAUACAUCCUAACAUUGUGAUAAAUGGGCUUCAUGUAUUCCAAAGGGGCGCCCCUCCUGGCCAAUCAGGGUGCCUGCAGUAGCUUCGACACCACCCCCCAGCGGCCGCACAGGCGCACUGAGCUCCCAACUGCCAUUUUGUGGCAGAGGCUACUCUGCUAAAGCGGGAGAGGGAUUAAAACAAACUGCGAAGAAGCCUGCAUUUCUCUCCAGCCUGUUUAACUUUGUAGCACAGACUCUCUGCUUUCGGCUGAGUUGAACGGGGAGAGAAACGCCCAAAGAAGAGGUUGGCAGGGACAGUCAGGUAGCAGGCAUUUGGUUCAGCAAAGCUCAGCAGAAAGCAAAAGGGAGAGCGGCUGUAUCACUACCCCGCAUGCUGCAGCCCUGCCAGCAGAAAUCAUGAAAACAGUCAAUUUAUCGUUGCUAUUCCAGUUCCUACCCAGCAUGGACGGAGGGCCAACAGAGGGUGUAGGGGUGGUGGAGGUCCCGCCCAAAGACUUCCCCUCCAUCCAGGCCAUUCACAGCCAGGAUGCCAUGGUGGCUGACCUCCUCCAGCAAGCUGCAGAGGCCGGGGGCGUGGUGGAGGGACAAGCAGGAGUUGUCCUGGAGCAAGGUCACGGGGACGGAAUGGUAGCAGCCGCCCAGGCCCAGCAGUUGAUGGAAGCUGGGAUGGGGAUUGGUGUGGACGGCGGAGCAGGGGUUGAAAUGAUGGUUAUGGAUUCGCUGGAUCCUACCCUGUUGCAGAUGAAGACUGAGGUGAUCGAUGCUGCAGUGGGGGGAUCAUCAGCUACCCUGGGUGUUGUCGGAGGGGUGGCGGGCGCAGCUCACCAAGCAACUGUAACAACAGUGGACCAGACCCAAAUCAUCACACUGCAGGUGGUGAACAUGGAGGAGCAGGCGGCCCUGGGUCUCGGGGAGCUCCAGCUGGUCCAGGUGCCGGUCUCUGCCACCACCGUGGAGGCCCUGCAGCAAGGCACCUUUGUAGACACCACUGCUAUGCCAAAGGACGGAGACCCGGUCAUCUGCCACACCCUGCCACUGCCGGAGGGCUUUCAGGUGGUUAAGGUUGGCGCAAAUGGGGAGGUGGAGACAGUGGAGCAGGAAGAGGGAGGAGAAGCCCACCCUGAAGAGGAGGAAGACGAGGAGGUGGGGAACCAGCUGCUGGACGAAGUGGAGGAGGAGCCCAUGCAGCCUCAGAAUGAGGACCCGACCUGGGCUAAAGACCCAGACUAUCAGCCCCCAUCCGGAGCUCUCAAGAAGAACAAGAAGGGUAAAAAGAGUCGUCUGCGUUACGCUGAAGGAGAUAAGGACAUGGAUGUCAGUGUCUAUGACUUUGAAGAGGAACAGCAGGAGGGCCUUCUGUCUGAGGUCAAUGCUGAGAAGGUCGUGGGCAACAUGAAACCACCCAAACCCACCAAGAUCAAGAAGAAAGGAGUGAAGAAGACGUUUCAGUGUGAGCUGUGUAGCUACACGUGCCCACGACGCUCCAACCUGGACAGACACAUGAAGAGCCAUACGGACGAGAGACCUCACAAGUGUCACCUGUGUGGAAGAGCCUUCAGGACGGUCACCCUGCUAAGAAACCAUCUCAACACACACACUGGAACUCGUCCACACAAGUGCACAGACUGCGAUAUGGCUUUCGUGACUAGUGGAGAGUUGGUCCGUCAUCGCCGCUACAAACACACCCAUGAGAAACCCUUCAAAUGCUCCAUGUGUGACUACGCCAGUGUGGAGGUGAGCAAGCUAAAGCGUCACAUCCGUUCCCACACUGGUGAGCGUCCAUUCCAGUGCAGUCUUUGCAGCUACGCCAGCAGAGACACAUACAAGCUGAAGAGACACAUGAGGACACACUCAGGAGAGAAACCUUACGAGUGCUACAUCUGCCAUGCCCGAUUCACCCAGAGUGGAACCAUGAAGAUGCACAUUCUGCAGAAACACACAGAGAACGUGGCCAAAUUCCACUGUCCACACUGUGACACUGUCAUCGCACGCAAGAGCGACUUGGGUGUCCAUCUUCGUAAGCAGCACUCAUUCAUUGAGACUGGAAAGAAGUGUCGGUACUGCGACGCCGUUUUUCAUGAGCGAUACGCCCUGAUCCAGCACCAGAAGUCCCAUAAGAACGAGAAGCGGUUCAAAUGCGACAUGUGUGACUACUGCUGCCGCCAGGAGCGCCACAUGGUCAUGCACCGUCGGACUCACACUGGAGAGAAACCAUACGCCUGCAGCCAGUGUGAGAAGACCUUCAGACAGAAGCAGCUGCUGGACAUGCACUUCAAACGCUACCACGACCCCAACUUUGUCCCCACCGCCUUCGUCUGCCCCAAGUGUAGCAAGACCUUCACUCGCAGGAACACCAUGGCUCGGCACUCUGAGAACUGCACUGGUGAGGUGGAGGAUGCUGAGAAUGGAGCCCCACCCCCAAAGAAAGGGAGGAGAGGAAGAAAGAGGAAGAUGAGGAGCAGGAGAGAUGAGGAUGACAGCGAGGAGGAUCAUGCUGAACUGGAUGAGGAGGAGGAAGAGGAGGAGGAUGGUGAAGGUGACGGCGAGGAAGAAGCAUCCCUGCUACAGGAAGAGGAGGAGCCUGAAAGCAUGGAACUGGACCAGGCCCCUGCUGCAAUCCCGGUACCGGCUCCUGAGGAGCCACCGGUCAAGAGGAAACGAGGCCGGCCCCCAAAGAACGCACCCAAACCUCCAACACCCAGCAAGUCAGCCAGGGUGGCUGCCAAGGCGGCUGCUUCUGCUGCUGCCUUCAUUCAGGUGGAGGAUGAGAGCACUGGAGCAGUGGAGAACAUCAUAGUGAAGAAGGAGGAAGGCGACGCCUCUGUGGCGACGCCUCUGGAGCAGGGAGUGGCUCUGACCGUGGAGGGGGUGGAGCUAGACGGGGAAGGGGUGGAGACUGUUGAGCUGGCCGUGAACGAGGAGACGGCUACCGCUGCCGCCAACGGAGAUCUGACGCCAGAGAUGAUCCUCAGCAUGAUGGACCGGUGAACCUGACACACAGCCACACAUGUAGCCGGACUAUGAGUAAAAACUGGCUAACAUUUCCACAUCCUUGGCCUUCCCCUCAUGUACCAUCUGUGUGAGUUUGUAGUGGCAGCCACUUUGCCUCCGUUGAAGUGGCUGAAAAAAGAUGGCGGUGGAAAAUCAACUAUGCGUAAAGAAGGGAAGCAUGUAAAUAUUUACACACACUAACUUCAGAUCCAUGUACAUCAACUGCAUACUGAUAGUGGGUCACACACACACACACACACACACACACACACAAGCAAUCCCACUGUGUCAUCACCCCCGUCAUACACAGAUAUCGUCCAAGCUAAUGACAGACUGCUCUCUGCUCUUAAAUGCUUUUUUUUGUUUGAAUGUCUUCUGAAUGAUUCAUUGUGUAUUUUGCUACUUGUUUCUACCCAAAGCCACAUCCUGUGUCAGUCCCUACCCACACACUCUGCAGUGAAUCUCUCAGCUCUUCUACAUGUCGCUCUGCCAAAUGGAGACAUUAUCUGAUCUACUUUCACUUUUUACUUGCUUGCUUUUCUCGCAACUUCGCAGUUUUUUGCUAAUUCCAAGCCUUUAUAUGUGUAAAUAUAGAUAUAAAUGUAGUUUUUUCCUAAUGAAACCUAGUAUAUGGUACUUGGGUUUGUCUCUGAGAUUCCACAACUCAGUCAUCUGUAUAUUGUUUCUCCCUAAAGGUAUGGUUUUCCUCCGUGGCCUGUGUAAACACAUGGUCCACGUGGUGGCUUUUGUCACUGAUUCUGUUUAUUCAUGAGAAAAUGGACACAGGACGAUCAUUUCUAAUGAAAUGACGUCAGCGAUAACUGUGUUUCCGCUGUUUGACAUCCACACCACCAGCAGACGACCUCGUUCUAAUGGAAACUUGUCCUCAGUCAGCUCAUGCAAAUGGAAAAACUCGGUUUCCCAGCACCACAGUAUGUUUUUUAUUUUCUCCUUCCUGUCACUGAUGGAAGAUAUGUGUCGUUCACCGUUAAUGUUCCUCCUCCUCCUGUUCUGCAUUUUGAAGGAGCUAGUUUGCCGUCACAUAAACUGAAUGAUCCCUGCCGGUUGUGGGAAAUGCAGAUAAUCCAGAUUUAGUUGGUAAAACGUUGUUCUAUAGUUGUGAUUUUGAACAUUCCAAAUACUUCAAUUAACAUGGAAUUAUGUCAAAGCAUCUGAAUCUUGUCCCUCGCAGUUACAGGCAGCAGCAGACUCAAACAUCGUUCUACAAGGUCAUUACAGCCGCUCUUUCAUUUCCUUUGAAAUGUAUCCACUCCUCCGUUAAUAUUGGUAUUGGAACUAGGGAUGCAUGAUAUUGACUGAUGCUACCGAUAAAAUAACUGAUAAUGUCACAUUUUUGUUUUUGAAAAUGAGGUUAUAACCUGUAGUUAAUGCACUUCUGAGAGUAAGAAAAGCUAUGAUGUAAUGAGCUGUGAUUCCGCCCCUACUGUAUGUGAGUGUCAAUAAAGCAAUUUGGCUUUUUAUCAUCAGCUGAUUAUUUAUCGGCUAUAAUUUCAUUAUUAGAAUAAUGCAUAUUAAUAUAAAUUAGCCCUGGUCAAUCAAUAAUUUAUCUAUGUUAUAUAUUGUGUGCAUUUAUAGUUACUAUUUUUGUGAGGCUGGUUUCACCUAUAAAGGAGGUGUUUUGAGUAUCUGCUGAAUGACAAAACUGUUCGGCACUCAUCCAAAAGCUUAUACUGAAUGAUGUUCAGAGUGUAUGUAAUAACAGCAAAACGGCCUUCUUCUUCUUUUCGUUUGGCAGGUUUUAUACUGUUUGCUGUAGGCCUAAAAUGUGACUUAAUAAAGUUCUCCAGGUCCGUCACUCCAAAUCAAAGUGAUCCCUGAUGUUAACCCUGUAUUUACAAAAACACAGGCUUAAGAUCGCCUGGGUGAAUGAAGAUGAGAACAAAAAGGAUUUGGUCUGAAUUUCAACAAAUCAAAUGAUUUGAUUCCUAUAAAGAUGUUAAUCCUGGCACUUUCCUUAUGAGCUUGACCACAGGUUAUGAUUUUUUUUUAUGUGGCCUUCCUGCUGUUAUAAAAAUAAACAAAAAUACCUGUUAUUGUUAGAACCACUUCUGUAGCAUCACAAUGGUCAGAGGCCCACUACUGUAAAACCAGGCUGUAAAGAAACAUGGACACAGAAAGACAGGGGUGCCUAGACACUGAUGAAAGGUGUCUUGAUUAAAUUAAUGUUAUCAAAUUGACACUGAAACAUCGAGUCUGCGACUGUACUGCUGUGGUAUGACAUCUCACUAGGGAGACCAAAAUGUCCCGUCAUCAACCGAUCAUGUUAUUGUUCUGCAGGCGGACGGAUGGACGACGGAUGUUGGAUGUUUGACUGUUCCCAUAGCAACUGCAUUGCUUUUUGUUUGCACAUUGCUCGUUUGUGUUUUGGCAGAAGAAUUGACAGAGAACGUUUUUUUAAGAUGGGUUUUUAAACGCAUCCCUAUUUUUUCUGAGCAGGAAAACAGAAGAAACCUUGGUCAUGUCAUGUUGGAAAGAUGAGACACUGUACAGCUGAUGAAAAAUAAAAUCAUCCUAA